GGGAAGGGCAACGCCGGGUCAGAGGCCGCCCAGCCUCUCCGAGAGCAAAGCCGACUCUGCUUCAGCCUUCAGCCCUUGAUUUUCGUAGCAAAACUCUCUGGUCCGAUGCUUCGCAUUCUACGGAAGCACAUGUACCAUCAGCUCUUCUAAUGGCUGCUUCUUCGAGUAUGAAAAGGAAUUACAAUGUGUUCCUCAGUUUCAGAGGGACAGAUGUCCGCCACGGCUUCCUCAGUCAUCUCUACGCGGCUUUGAAAGAUAAAGGAAUACACACUUUUGUGGAUCGCGAGGAGCUCAGGAAAGGAGAGGAAAUAUCGCCGACCCUCAUGAGGGCGAUCGAGGAAUCGCGCAUUGCGACCAUUGUCUUCUCUGAGAACUACGCCUCCUCGCCGUGGUGUUUGGAAGAGCUCUUGAAAAUCAUGGAAUGCAAGGAGCAAAACGACCUGAUGGUGGUCCCCGUGUUUUACAAAGUGGAACCCAGAGAAGUGAGAGAGGGAGAGAGAGUUAUAAGAGAGCUAUGGAUAACCAUGAGUGCAAGUUCGGGAAGGAUUCAAAGAAAAGAUGAAAGAGAUGAAGCGGAUCUCAUACAAUGCAUCGUGAAGGAAUUAUGGAUUCGUCUCAAGCAAACACCCUUACAUGUUGCUAAGUAUCCAGUCGGAAUAGAUUCUCGAGUUCAAGAAUUGAUAUGUUUGUCACAGAAAAAGUCGGCUGAUGAUGAUGUUCUGAUGAUAGGUCUAUGGGGACCUGGAGGCAUGGGGAAGACAACAAUUGCCAAGGCCCUAUAUAAUGCUAUGAUGAGACAAUUUCAGAUCGUGGUUGAUCCUUUAACGAUCUACGGUGUCGCUAGAGGAAUUAGUUUGAUACAAGAAAGACUAUGUCGCAAGAAGGUUCUCCUGGUUCUUGAUGAUGUUGACCAUAUGAAUCAACUGAAUGCAUUAGCUGGAAAAGGCAAUUGGUUUGGAAAAGGAAGUAUAAUCAUUGUUACAACAAGAAAUAAACAAUUGCUGACUUCUCAUGGCAUAAAUCGUGUGCAUAGAAUUCAAACUUUAGGAUCUUGUGAAGCACGAGACCUUUUUUGUUUGCAUGCUUUCCUAGAUAGCAAGAGUGUAGACAUAAAAAUGGAUCUCAUAGAUAGAGCACUGCAUUAUUGCGGUGGCCUUCCGUUAGCCCUCGAAGUUUUGGGCUCAUUCUUAAGUGGAAGAAAUGAAGCUGCAUGGGAAAGUGCAUUGCAUAGGCUCUCCAAAAGUCCUGACCAAACUAUUAAUCAAGUUCUCAAGACAAGCUUUGAUGGAUUGGACAAUGACGAGAGGAGAUUUUCCUCGAUAUUGCUUGUUUCUUUAAGGGAGAGAGAAUAG